AUGUCUUUUAGAAAUCCUUUCAAGAAAAUACUCAAAGAAAAAGCCAGAUUGAUCUCUAAAUUGACUGAAGAAGCUUUGGAGGAUAUAGCAGACUUUGAAAUCUCAAUCUCAAAUAACUCUCCAGUGACACUGGACUCAUCCAAUUCACUUGUAUCUGAAAUUAAUGCACCAAUCCAGAAUUAUGAAAGCGUCAUAGUCGAUGAUACAAAUGAUGACUCUUUCAGUGUAUCUCAAACCGAUCUAUAUAAGAAGAUCAGAAAAGGAUUUAGACGAAUUAAUUCCCCGGAUGCUGAAGCAGAAUAUGACAGGGUAGCCGAAAGUCAUAGCAAUGAAACAUCUCCCUUGUUGCCCUCCCCGGUCCCUGGGAGAUAUAUAUCUCAUCAAAAUCAAGUCAAUGCAUCGGGCCAUGUACAAACGAUAAUCAGAAGUUGUUUGCGUAAUAGAUGGUACUUUCUCAGUGGUAUCACGCUCAUUACAGGGUUUAUCGUUUUCUUACUAUCCCAUACCGAUAAUGGAAAGGAAAUACCGGUGAUAUUGAGAAUAUUUUUUUGCUUUAUAUUGAGUUCUUUCUUUGAUGGUUACUGCGCUUUGAACGAUAUUUCUAGAAAUUAG